AUGUUAGAAACACAAAUUUUGCAAGUGGCUCAACAACAAGCACCUAUUGCUGCCCCUGCGGGUACAUUUCCUGGACAGCCACAACCAAACCCGAAAGGUCAUGCGAAUGCUAUUAUACUACGAAGUGGGACAGAACUAGACGGACCGACCGACCCUAGAAUUCAAAACCCAGCCAUGCACCAAGACUCUGGUAAGAUAACUGAGAAGGAAGACGAACUAAAGGAAGAUAAAAGCGAAGAGGCCAUAGAGAAAGAAGAACCAUAUGUACCUCCGCCACCGUAUAAACCUCCUAUCCCAUAUCCUCAAAGACUUGUUAAAUCUAAAAGUGUAGGGCAAUUUAAGAAAUUUGUAGAGCUUCUAAAACAAUUGAAUAUCACAAUACCCUUUACCAAAGCCAUCACUCAAAUGCCCUCAUACACUAAGUUUCUUAAGGAGAUCCUAUCUAACAAGAAGAAGAUCGAGGAUAACGAAACCAUUACACUUACUACUGAGUGUAGCGCCAUAAUACAAAACAAUAUGCCUCCUAAGCUGAAAGACCCAGGGAGUUUCUCCAUACCCUGUGUAAUCGGAAAGUUUGUCAUAGACAAAGCACUAUGCAACUUAGGAGCUAGUAUUAGCUUAAUGCCAUUGUCCAUAUGCGAAAGGCUUAAAAUGGGAGAAUUAAGACUAACUAGGAUGUCCGUACAAAUUGUGGAUCGUUCUGUUAAAUUUCCCGUAGGUAUGUUAGAGAAUGUUCUGGUACGCAUAGGUCAGUUCUAUAUUCCUACUGAUUUCAUAAUCAUGGACAUAAAAAAGGAUUCCAAUAUCCCUAUAGUAUUAGGAAGACCAUUCUUAGCCACUACCGGAGCUAUUAUAGAUGUUAAGAAAGGAAAGCUAACCUUUGAAGUUGGUGAGGAAAAAGUCGAAUUUAUUUUGACGCAAUUCUUAAAGGCAUCAGCUAUAGACGAUACAUGUUGUCUGCUAGAUGUCAUCGAUGAAUGUGUAAGAGAAAUGGAGAAUGAACAAACUUCAUACUCCAAAAUACUGAAAAUAGCAAGGCCACCUACUUUUGAAGAUGAAAAUUGGAGUAAGGAGUACCAAGAUGACAACCUAAGCUAA